AUGCAGGGCCAGGGUGUGGUGCUGAUAGCUGUGCUGGUACCCGGUGCCAGUGCACAGAGUCAGUGCUCAGUUCCGGCAUUCCUGCAGCUCCUGGUGCUGGUGGGUGAGGCAGAGCCGGAGCUGGGCAGUGCCGACAGCUGGAUCGGGGUGGUGCCUGUGGGCACUGAGGAGCCGCCUGAGGGCCCCCGCGGGGCCAAGGAGGAGUCCUUCACCACCGCCGUUGUCACCAAGAUGAAGCGAGCCCUGGUGCUGGGGGCCUCGGCCCUGCUCAUCCUGGCGCUGAACCAGAACGCCAUCCGGGAGCUGGACGUGUCCCAGCUCCUCGCCAAGCCUGUCAUCGUCAUCCAGUCCUCCGACAACGUCACCAGGCUGCUGGGAGCGCUGCUGCGUGGGCUCCGGGCCACAGCAAAGAUCACGUACCAGGCGGUGCUGCUGGAGAACCUGGGGGUGACCCUCACCCUGUGGUCCACGUGUGGCCUGUCCCGAGGGGGCCUCUACGGGGAGUGGCAGGGGGUCAUCUGCCCCGGGGAGAGCAGCUCACAGGUCCAGAAGUACCUGCAGCAGCUGUGGAACACCAUCCUGCUGAUUGCCCUGCUGCUCUGCACUGGGGUCAUGGUGCAGGCACAGCGCCAGUCACGGCAGGACCUGUCAGAGCGGGAUACUGAGCUGGACCUGAAGCAGCACAUCCGCCGGCGGCUGCUGGCGCUGAAAACCCGUCGGUACCACCCCGGGAAGCCGCCGCGGAGCCGGGCCUGCGAGAUCGAUAGCUGUGCUGUGUGCUUGGACCAGUUCCACAAGAGCCAGUGGCUGCGGGUGCUGCCCUGCUCCCAUGAGUUCCACCGGGACUGUGUGGAUCCCUGGCUCCUGCUGCAGCAGACCUGCCCUCUCUGCAAGCACAACAUCCUGGGGAACUGCUGCACGGACAGCUAGCGGGCCCAGGGACACUCCAGGGACAGACCCACGGCCACUCUGGGGAGAGAGAGGGGACGGGGUGCCCAGUGAGUGGCACCUGCUGCCAGAGCUGGGUCAGUGUGGCUGUGCCACCACAGUACCCGGACACCGCAGAGGGAAGGACUCUGGGCUCUCUGAGGGUUGUGAGUAGAGGGGUGGGGGGUCCAGACGGGCAGUCCGGGUAGGGAAGCUAUGGGGGCACCCACGGGUGUAACAGGGUGGGGGCUGGGGGCAGGGAGGGUCCUGACCCUGCACUCUUGCCCCGCUCAUGGGAAUUUUUCUAAGUCUUGGGGUUUUUGUCUAUUUGCUGGUGGCCAUGGCAGGGUGAGCAGAGCCCAGCUAUGGCACCAGCCCCUCGGGGAGGUGGGGGACAGACCCACCAGGGCUGGGGCUGGCGGGGCU